AUGCUCGAGCUAAAAACUGUUAAUUUUGGCACUCUUAAAACAGAGUGCGAGCAGCAGCUGGCUUCUCUGCUGACUGUGGAGACAGCGGCGGCAACAGCGGUGCUCGCUGUCAGACACUCGUGCCCUAGCCUCACGCAAGCCGCCGUCGCCUUCAUAAAGGCCAACUUCCAUGUGCUGGCCACUCAGGGUUGGGCUGAUGCUGUGCACAACCAGCCCAAGGAUGUGGUCGAAGUGUGUUGGCUACUCGGGCAGCCACCAACAAAAAUCAGGAGCGGUUUUGGAGACGAAACCAGGAGACUGAUCGAGGCGUUCGAGGAGGGGGAUGUAGAGGAGCUGCUGGAACUUAUCGCGGCAGGGGCGGAUGUGAGGACGAGGGAUAGUGAUGGGAUGACCGCCCUGCACUUCUUUGCAGAGAUGGGAUACGUGGAGGUAGUGAGGAGUCUGGUGGAGAGAGGGGCGGAGGUUGACGCCAGGAACAGCAGUAUGGAGACGCCCCUGCACUUGGCUGCAAUCGGUGGCCAUUCACCUAUUGUGCGGCUGCUGGUAGCGUGCUCCGCUGACGUCAACGCAAGGAAUUGUUACGAGAGAACACCGCUGCAGUUUGCUGCGUGGCAUGGGUACGAAGAGACGGCAGCGUUUCUGGUGGAAGCGGGAGCCGACACGGAAGCUAGGGAUAAAGAUGGGAGAACCUACCUCGACUGA